UAUAUCUAUAUCUGUACCUACCCAUGCUACUUUUGAAUUUUGAUUCUCCUUCCUGUCACCUGAAUGCUGGCAUUCUAGUUUUGCUAGUAUCAGUAUUUACUGUAUUCACUGUGCUUUUUUCUUUAAUGGCGAAGACCUUGUCUUUUAUAUGUGCAUUUAGAAUAUCACCAAGUGGCUGAGAAACUUUUUGUUUUACUUUAUAACUUUGAAAAGAAGAAAGAAAGCCAGGUAGUUCAAGUCCACUCUUUGGAUGUGCUUGAGUUUCCUCAUAUGACCCGUCAGAGGGAUAUCCUUUGUUUUCUGCUCUUCCCUGCUGUUGGCCCCAAAAUGCUGAAUCUGGAGAGUUUGUGUAUUUUCUCUUGGGACCUGCGCGGUUAACGUCUGUACUGUUUGUUCCCUGUGUGCCUGCUGUGUUAAUCUCAGAAGCUGUGAUUUUGUCCCUUGUGGUGUUGGCAGUGGCUUCCUUGUUACCUAAGGGUCCUUAGUCCAGAUGCACAGGACACUGUGGAGUGCUGAGGCCCCUAGCUUUACAGGUCUGGGUUUGUGCAACACUUCUCACUGAAGAGGUUCUUCUCCUUUCCUUACUUCACGCAUUCCCCGUGACCCAGUUGAAAUGUGUCCACCCGCACGCAUGUCCUCCCACCAUGACUGGUUCUUGUCUUAGUUCAUUCCAAGGUGAUAUAAAGAAACGCUGUCGAAUGGGGGGCACAGAGAGUGGCUUUGUGGGGUUUUUUACUUUUUAACAGUUUGGCAGAACAUGAGGUCUGAGAUCAGGGCACCGGAUGGCUGAUCGUGCUCUCUCAUUGGUGUGAAGACUUCAUUUUCUUCGUCUCCUCCCAUGGUUGAGGCAGACCAUCCCUCUUGUCUUUUCUAAGGGCAUUGAACCCGUCAUUGUAGUAGAGAGCAUCUGGACCGGUAUGGGCUGGCAGAGGGAACUGACUUCGUCACGCGUGUCGCUCCCCAGAGUUGCACGUGGGUGGAGCUGCAUUCGCGUGCUCUUCCGAGAUAGCUUUGACUUGACUGCCCAUAGCGGUUACCUUAUGCAGUUAGGCUCACAGGUGUUACCUCACUUAUUUUUUGGUAACAACCACUUGAGAGUCCUUAUUAUUUUCCUUAAUCUCUCAGGUAGGGAAGCUGAGGCUUAUAGAAGCUUAGCACCAUCCAGGGUCAUUCAUCUCGCAAGCGACGGGGUGGGACUCAACUUUCACUCUGAAUUUGAAGCCCCUCGCCUCUAACCAGCUGGUGUACUCGUAUUGAAUUAGCUGCAAAGAGUAUUUUGUGAAAAUUCUGUGUGUUAGUUUUGGGAUUUGAGCCACAUUUUAAUGAACUAGACAUACCGGGUUGUUAAUUUGUUUAUAUUGUCACCAGUAAUAGGUUCCUUGUCCUCUGGUUGACUUUGUUCAAUGCUUUGUUGACCUGCAGCUCAUAUACAUAACGUCUCAGCACUCCUUAGAGUUUCGUCAUAAUCCUCACAGCCAGUUUUAGAACCAAACCGUUACCAGACAUUUUUCUUGCCGCGUGAAGUCUUCCCUACAACCUGUUGCCCCACUGAGUGUCCCUCUGGAGUGACUCUGCUGGACAUUUAAAAGGGGGAUGCAGUCUUUGCUACUGCUUUCUGUCCCAUACCACGCUGCGCACAGCUGGACUGUGGCGAGCAUCAGUAUUUCACUCCUCCAUGGACCGGAUGUGUGGGGGAGCACCAGGCAGUGAGCGUCGUCUGUAUCCAGCCCAUGGUGGCGGGGUUAUGUCUCCUUCAGGCUGUUCAGAUUGCUACUGCCAUGAUAAUCUUCUGAAGAUGCAUUUCUUUGUGCUUGUUAUGUACCCUGGUGUGGAAUUGGUGGGUCCUGUCCUAAAUCUUGUAUGAUUUGUGUGUGUGUUUGUGCAUGCUUUAAGAACAAAGUUCUUCCAGCGCUACUUUUGAGGAGUUUUGGCGUGUUUUCCAAAGCGGAGGUGUCAUUUUGUAUUUCUGCUGGCGUUGUGUGAUGAUUCUCGUGUCUUUGUGAUUAUGUAUCUGUCAUGUUUAUUGUAACCAGUACAGCAGAUGUGACUGUCUCCUUAGCGAUUAGUGUUACACAUCUUUUUACGUGAACCUUACUUCUGAGUACGGGUCUGUGCUUACUUUCCGGAGUAAGGUGUUGAACACGUACUGGAGUUGGCAUUGAUGUUUUCCUCCAUCAUCAUCAUCAUCAUCAUCAUCAUCAUCAUCAUCAUCAUCAUCAUCAUCAUCACUUUGGCCUCUCAAAUUGCACAGUAAUCAUCAAUUUACCCAAGUUAUAGCCUUGUAUUAUUUUUUAUUUUUUGGCUAAGAGCACAGCAUUGUAGUUUAAGAAUAAAGUUCUCCCCGUGCCUACUUGAGCAGCGCCCUCCUGAGUGAGAGGAAGACUGGGGUUGGAGAGUCAAGGAAUCUCACUGAGGUAAGAGAAAGGCCUGAAGGCUGAGAUAAUAAAAUAUCUAUAAUCCUAACACUUGGGACGUUGAGGUAAAAAGGAUUGCUUUGAGUGACAUUGCUCUGGGCUACAUAGAGAGUUCCUGUCUCAAACAAGACAACGUACAUAUAGGCAGACAACCUUCAUGGAAUACAUAGGGGCUAGGUUUAGGCAAGCCAGACCACAGUAAGACAUUACCACUGAUGGAUAGAUUGAUUACUCUAUCGUGUCCGAGUGAACGGCUCGAUUCUAUAUUUUGUGUAUGUGUGCGUGUUUAUGCUCAUGAACGCGGUGCUUGAGGAGGUAGAAGAGGACGUUGGAUCCCCUGGAACUGGAGUUGGAGACAGUGGCGAGUCCCUGACAGGUGCUGAGAACUGAAUCAAGUCCUCAGUAAGAGCAGGAGAGGAGGUUCUGUUAACUUCUGAGCCACCUCUUCAGCCUCCCAUAUGGCUCUUCUGUUAGAUAGAAUUCCCAUUUGAAAACAACAUAAACCAACCCAAGAUCAACCAACCCAAGGAGGGUGUCAUGGUCCCCUCCUCUUUUUACUCUUGUUGAUUUUUAGUGUCCUCUCCUUUUGGUUUUGAGAUUAUAAUACAGUGACAUCACUUCCCCCAUCCUCCUGAACUUUCCUUGUACUCCUCCUCGCUCUCUGUCAAGUUCAUGUUCUCCUUUUCCCAUUAAUUUGUGUUGCACACAUAUAGACAGGUAUUUUAAGUUGAGCCUGUUCAGUCUGUACAAUGUUACUCCUCCUUGAAGGAGACUAUCUCUUCCCCUCUCGGCGUCCGUUAGUUGCCUGUAGUUCUUUGUGUAGGCUUGAGUCCAUGUGGGCUUUCCCUGUCUACAUUAGCACGCUUCCUGUCUACACUGUCUACAUUAGUACUCCUGUUGCUGUUGUCCUCAAUCAGCUCGUGUUUCGGCCACAUUGUUGCUGAGACUUUAUGGCUGUGGCUUCUGACAUCACUAGGAGGCAUAAUCUCACAGCAGACUCUGCGGUCCUCCUGCUCUUAUAAUCUUCCUGCCCCCCUCUUCUGCAGCAUCCCCUAAGCCUCCUGUCCACAACCCUUCACUUGGAUCCGUUGUGACGUAAGUAAUGGUCUCUGUUGCAAAGAGAAGUUUCCUCAAUGGGCAAGUUAGGAGUCCACUUGUCCGCAGGUAUAGGAGUGAAUGCUUAUGGUGGUGUUCUGCUCAGAGAGCUGGGCGUCGACUCUCCUCCUAGACGCAUGACUUCACGAGCCCCCAGUGAUUGGGUAGUGUUGUUAACUUUUUACAAAGGCACGGGUGCUUCCUAGACAUCACAGAUAAUUAUGACCCUGCCAAGGUCUAUUCUAUGUGACAAAGCCACCAAGUUCCUGAGCUCCGGCAGGCUUUCUUACCUGUCUUCCUUCUGUUAAUCUGCCAUUUGUAUCCCUACUGUGUUUACCUAUCUUUUUCUUAUUCCUCUGUCGAAAUCAUGGCCACUGACUGUUUCUGAAAUGAAGUUCCACAUCUGGCGUUCUACAUCUGGAUGGGAGAGUGCGAGGUCUUCGGCUCAAUGCUAACCCCCUUACCGGCUGAGCAGGGGAGGCAGAAGCUCCUUACAUGCUCGUGGAGACACAGGAAUGGAAUGCCUAUAGAGUUUGAGAGGAAGAAAGAAUUUGAGAAAGUUGACUUUUCAGUAUGGGGUUAGCGGAUGGAUGCCGUGGUUACUGUCAGUGAAUGAACCCACCUGCAGGUUAAGAUCAGCUUGGUGGCCUGGUCCCAACAGAUGUUCAGUAGGCUGUCUAAAUCAUAGAACAGAUGUCCUGCGACAUGGCUAGCAUUUUAAGGAGGACUCUGAGAAAGUGGAAAGUAUCCAAAAUGGUGGGAGGAAGCCCUGACAGGCUGUAGUGACUGAGGGAAGAGUAAAGGGAAGGCAAGGCUGCCCUCUUUGUUGUGUGUGAAAGGUUCAUGCGGCACGAGAGAGCUGCUUUCAGUCAUGGGAGUUUGAGUGGCAUCUUGUAAACUCACCUAAGUGUUUUCCUUUCUUUGUGGUUGUCAGUUUCUGUUGCUAAUAAGUCAGUGGCAUAGACUAAGGUUUCAAGAAGAGAUUCUAGAGGUCCAGCACCAGGGAUGCUUUGGGUGACAUCUUUCUUGCUGGCAGAGGUCUCAGGUACCGCAGGGCAUCAUGAAGCUGCCCUUCCUCUGGCCUGGGGUGGAUGGUAGGGAGAUGGCUCAGUCGUUGAGAACCUGUCACACAAAGUGAGGAUCAAAGUUUGGAGUUCAGAUCCUCCAAAACUCUUGCAAAUGUCAAGUCUUGGUCAUUUGUAAUUCCAGCCUUGGAAGAUGGAAUCGGUUGAUUUAAAUAAACAGCAAGUGGUCUGUUAAGAGGGGGACAUUGGCAAGCUCUGGGUUUGAUUAAGAGACCUUGCCUUACAGAAUAAGGAAGAAGAGUGACUGAGGAUGAGACCCAACAUCAGCCCUGGGCCUCACAGGCACACAAACAUACAUACGGUACUCACAUGUGCAUGCUCCCACAAGAGCACCUGUGAACACCAUGGUUGUUCUAGCUUUUAAUGCCACAUGGUGGGGAUUAAAUUUCAGCAUGUUUUGGAGAGGGGCUAAGUGACAUUCAUGUUGUAACCCUCCUAGAAACCAUGUAAGCAAUUGCCUGGAACUUGAUGCUUCUCGGACUGGAGGCACACUGCUGUUUUUCCAGGAGAGUCUGGAUUUCUCUCUGUCUUUUACUGCCAGUUGAGCAUGGUGUCAGUCAGCCUGAUGCGUGAUGUUUGUGACGUCAAUGUGUUCAGUUUGCAUUUUCAUUGUUUUUGUAUAAAUGGUUCUCAGAGUAUGGGGGGGAUCGUCUCUCUGUAUUCUUUCAUGCCUACUUUGCAUUUCAGUCAGCUCUCAUUUCCCAGAGAGCUUUUGGAUGAUGUCUCCUCCCCCUAAGUUGUUUGUGUAUUUUGGGGUGGGGGUGGGAUAACUAAUUCUGAUGGUAGCCUAAGCAAAAUGCAAUUAAGGAAGUCUUGUGCCAAACAUGCAUCUGCGCCAAUGUUUGCCUUAAUUAGUGUGCAUAAUCAGGAGUUUCCCUUAAACACUGCGUGACCUUUCCCGUGGAAAUGUGAAGUUUAGAGAGAAAGAGAGGCCCGUGGCCUGAGUUUGCAGAGCAUGGCAAACAAACUCAGGAGCCUGAGGGGCGUUCUCUCAGUGAUUGCUGUCAUGGUCAGAUAUGGCUAGGUGCAUUGAAGAUGGUGUGCAAAUAUUCACACGUGUCUGCACACGUGUGUGAGUGUGCACACGGGUUCCUGCUGUGUAUUUUGACUAAGGAAAUUGAGAGCAGGUAUUCUACAAAACAAAAGCUAGAGUCAGGGAGAUCUUUAAACCUGGGCCAAAUUCCAUUCUCAAUGGCUAUGAAGAGAGCUUUCCCUUUUCUUUAGAAAGGAGUGCAAAUUUACUUAAAAUGGUCACAUGACCACAGGAAUAAUCGAUGCCUAUUUUUCUUUGGUCAGCUCACUUCUGAACCUUCAGUUGUCUGUAAUUUUAAAUUCUCGAGGUUGUAUGAAUUUGUGGUUCCAGUUUCUUGGAACCGAAUCUUGCCUCACAUUGCUUUGGGAAGUGUUCUCCCUGCUGAGGGCAGGAUGCUCUCCUUCCUGACUCUCAGCAGGAGAACAGGGGCGGUGGAUGGGCACGGGCAGACGGAGCAGGCACCAGUGAGACCGGAGGUGGCCCAGAUUGCACAGCCCUUCCUGCCCAUCUCUUCCUCCACUGUCACAUUCAGAGCAGCUAGAGGAGAAUCAGACUCGGGCUCCGAGACCUGGAAUAGAAUGCAUCUGUGGCAGCGCUAAUCUCCCUCACAUGGCAACAGUGUCGUAAAGGGAGAGAGAGACACCCAGCUAGAUGGACAUGUGCGGAAUGGUCCAUGUGUCACUUGUGAAGUGUGGUGAACAAAGUGGGCUGAGAGACCGUGGAGCACAAGUGGCCCAAAUGGAGGGAGGGAUCCAGAGAUGCUGGAGAUCUCAUCUCCCGAUUGCCGCUCCUCUUCUUGCUGUUGCUGUAACACCUUCUCAGGGAUAAACCCGUCAUAAGGAGGCGGCUCCCGGCUUGUGGAUCUCAGACCAUGGUUGUUCGACUGAGCUGCUUUGAGGCAUACGAUGUGGUAGAACCACUGUGGAUUGAAACCCACCUUUCCAGAUCUGAAAGGAAGACCGAGGAAAAGGAAGGGAGCAUCAGUCCCCAAGACUAUGAUGUUCUGAAUUCCAGUCCCUCACUCUUGACUUGAACAGCGCCUUUCCGAUGGCACCUUUGGAGAUCCUGACCAAGGCACUUCUGUUUGGCCUGGGGUUUUUGGCACAUUCUCCCAGACUCAGGUGAGACCCCGAUGGACACCCCGUGGGGCAGGUGCUGACACACGCCCCAACUCCAGCCACUGACACCAUCUCCAGCCUCAGUAUCUAAAUGCCACAGUGCUCUCGGGGCCAGUUGGGCUGGGCACCACUGUUGCCUUUGAAGACCAUAAAACCAUGGGAAACGCAGAAAGCCAAAAUGUAGACCACGAGUUUUAUGGAGAAAAGCAUGCCAGCCUGGGGCGGAAGCACACAUCACGCUCCCUGCGACUGUCACACAAGACCCGGAGGACGCGGCAUGCUUCCUCUGGGAAGGCAAUCCACAGGAACUCUGAAGUGAGCACGCGGUCCAGCAGCACCCCUAGCAUCCCCCAGUCCCUGGCCGAAAAUGGCUUGGAGCCCUUUUCCCAAGAAGGCGCCCUAGACGACUUCGGGGACCCCAUCUGGGUGGACCGAGUGGAUAUGGGCUUGAGACCCGUGUCUUACACGGAUUCUUCUGUCACUCCCAGCGUAGACGGCAGCAUCGUCCUCACGGCAGCCUCUGUGCAGAGCAUGCCAGACUCGGAGGAGAGCCGGCUUUACGGGGAUGACGCUGCGUACUUGGCUGAGGGAGGCAGGAGGCAGCGUCCCUAUACAUCCAACGGGCCCACGUUCAUGGAGACAGCGAGCUUUAAGAAGAAACGCUCUAAAUCUGCAGACAUCUGGCGGGAGGACAGCCUGGAGUUCUCACUCUCAGAUCUGAGCCAAGAACAUUUAACAAGCAACGAAGAAAUCUUGGGCUCCGCGGAAGAGAAGGAUUGCGAGGAGGCUCGGGGGAUGGAAACAGGGGCGAGCCCCCGGCAGCUCAGCACCUGUCAGCGAGCCAACUCCCUGGGUGACUUGUAUGCUCAGAAGAACUCCGGGGUGAAGGCUAACGGAGGACCGAGAAACAGAUUUUCGAGCUACUGCCGGAAUUUGGUGUCGGAUAUUCCCGAUCUUGCAAAGCAUAAGAUGCCACCGGCUGCUGUAGAGACUCCGACGUACAGUAAUUAUAACACGCUUCCCUGUAGGAAGUCGCACUGUCUUUCCGAGGGUGCCACCAACCCACAAAUUAGCCUUAGCAAGAGCAUGCAAGGCAGAAGAGCGAAAACCACCCAGGAUGUUAACACAGGCGAGGGCAGUGAGUUUGCAGACAGUGGGAUCGAAGGGGCCACCACGGACACGGACCUCCUGUCCAGGAGAUCCAAUGCCACCAACUCCAGCUACUCGCCUCCCACAGGCCGAGCCUUUGUGGGCAGCGACAGCGGCAGCAGUUCGACUGGGGAUGCUGCACGCCAGGGGGUGUACGAGAACUUCAGGCGGGAACUGGAGAUGAGCACCACCAACAGCGAGAGCCUGGAGGAGGCUGGCUCUGCGCACAGCGACGAGCAGAGCAGCGGAACCCUCAGCUCCCCGGGCCAGUCGGACAUCCUGCUGACGGCUGCGCAGGGCACUGUGCGGAAGGCUGGCGCGCUGGCAGUCAAGAACUUCCUGGUACAUAAGAAGAAUAAGAAGGUGGAGUCGGCUACCCGGAGGAAGUGGAAGCACUACUGGGUGUCCCUGAAAGGUUGCACGCUCUUUUUCUACGAGAGUGAUGGCAGGUCUGGGAUAGACCACAACAGUGUCCCCAAGCAUGCUGUCUGGGUGGAGAACAGCAUCGUGCAGGCCGUACCUGAGCACCCCAAGAAAGAUUUUGUCUUCUGCCUCAGCAACUCCCUGGGCGAUGCCUUCCUCUUCCAGACCACCAGCCAGACAGAGCUGGAGAACUGGAUCACGGCCAUCCACUCUGCCUGCGCAGCUGCGGUCGCAAGGCACCACCACAAGGAAGACACGCUCCGCCUCCUCAAGUCGGAAAUCAAGAAGCUGGAGCAAAAGAUUGACAUGGACGAGAAAAUGAAGAAGAUGGGCGAGAUGCAGCUGUCCUCCGUCACGGACGCGAAGAAGAAGAAGACCAUACUUGACCAGAUCUUCGUUUGGGAGCAGAACCUCGAACAGUUCCAGAUGGACCUUUUCCGGUUCCGCUGUUACCUUGCCAGCCUCCAGGGCGGGGAGCUGCCAAACCCCAAACGACUCCUAGGUUUUGCCAGCCGGCCCACCAAGGUGGCCAUGGGCCGCCUUGGCAUCUUUUCGGUAUCAUCUUUUCACGCCCUGGUGGCGGCCCGCACUGGCGAGAUCGGGGUGAGAAGGCGUACUCAGGCUAUGUCCAGGUCUGCGAGCAAGCGGAGGAGCAGGUUUUCUUCUCUCUGGGGCCUAGACACUACCUCCAAAAAGAAGCAGGGGCGCCCAACCAUCAACCAGGUGUUUGGAGAGGGGACCGAUGCUGUAAAGAGAUCUUUAGAGGGAAUAUUUGAUGACUCUGUUCCAGACGGCAAGAGGGAGAAGGAAGUGGUCUUACCCAGUGUCCACCAGCACAAUCCUGACUGUGACAUUUGGGUCCAUGAAUAUUUCACUCCAUCCUGGUUCUGUCUACCCAAUAAUCAGCCAGCCUUGACGGUUGUCCGGCCGGGGGACACUGCGAGGGACACCUUGGAGCUCAUUUGCAAGGCGCACCAACUGGAUCAUUCUGCCCAUUACCUGCGCCUGAAAUUUCUGAUGGAGAACAAGAUGCAGUUCUAUGUCCCGCAACCCGAGGAGGACAUUUACGAGCUGCUUUACAAAGAAAUCGAAAUCUGUCCGAAAGUCACCCAGAACAUCCACAUUGAGAAGUCCGACGCGGCCGCCGAUAAUUACGGGUUUUUGCUUUCUUCUGUGGACGAAGAUGGCGUUCGAAGGCUCUACGUGAACAGCGUCAAGGAAACCGGGCUAGCUUCCAAGAAAGGCCUGAAGGCGGGGGACGAGAUUCUUCAGAUCAAUAACCGUGCCGCUGGUACCCUGAACUCAUCUAUGCUCAAAGAUUUCCUCUCACAGCCCUCUCUGGGCCUCCUGGUGAGGACCUACCCUGAGCCAGAGGGAGGAGUGGAGCUGCUAGAGAACCCACCCCACCGAGUGGACGGCCCUGUGGACCUUGGCGAGAGCCCCCUCACCUUCCUCACCAGCAACCCAGGGCACAGCCUCUCCAGCGAGCAGGGCAGCAGUGCUGAGACAGCUCCGGAAGAGGGCGAAGGACCGGACUUGGAGUCUUCCGAUGAGACAGAUCACAGCAGCAAGAGCACAGAACAGGUCACAGCGUUUUGCCGGAGUCUGCACGAGAUGAGCCCCUCUGACUCGAGCCCGUCCCCUCAGGAUGCCACGAGCCCUCAGCUGGCAACCACACGACAGCUAUCGGACGCAGAUAAACUGCGCAAGGUGAUCUGUGAGCUCCUAGAGACCGAACGCACCUAUGUGAAGGACUUAAACUGCCUCAUGGAGAGAUACCUGAAGCCCCUUCAGAAGGAGACCUUUCUCACCCAGGAUGAGCUCGAUGUACUCUUUGGAAAUUUAACCGAAAUGGUGGAGUUUCAAGUUGAGUUCCUUAAAACUCUAGAAGAUGGAGUUAGACUGGUCCCUGACUUGGAAAAGCUUGAGAAGGUUGACCAGUUUAAGAAAGUGCUGUUCUCUCUGGGGGGAUCCUUCCUGUACUACGCGGACCGCUUCAAGCUCUACAGUGCCUUCUGUGCGAGCCAUACGAAAGUCCCCAAGGUCCUGGUGAAAGCCAAGACGGACACAGCCUUCAAGGCAUUCCUAGAUGCCCAGAACCCGAGGCAGCAGCACUCGUCCACACUAGAGUCUUACCUCAUCAAGCCCAUCCAGAGGGUCCUCAAGUACCCGCUUCUGCUCAGGGAGCUGUUUGCGCUGACCGACGCGGAGAGUGAGGAGCAUUACCACCUGGAUGUGGCCAUCAAGACUAUGAACAAGGUUGCCAGUCACAUCAAUGAGAUGCAGAAGAUCCACGAAGAAUUUGGUGCUGUGUUCGACCAGCUGAUUGCUGAGCAGACAGGAGAGAAGAAAGAGGUCGCGGAUCUGAGCAUGGGUGACCUGCUGUUGCACACCAGUGUCAUCUGGCUGAACCCACCCGCCUCGCUGGGAAAGUGGAAAAAGGAGCCGGAACUGGCAGCCUUCGUCUUCAAAACUGCCGUGGUCCUUGUGUAUAAAGAUGGUUCCAAGCAGAAGAAGAAGCUCGUUGGCUCUCACAGGCUGUCAAUCUACGAGGAGUGGGACCCUUUCCGGUUUCGCCACAUGAUCCCUACCGAAGCUUUGCAAGUCCGAGCUCUGCCCAGUGCAGAUGCAGAGGCAAAUGCCGUGUGUGAAAUUGUCCACGUGAAAUCAGAGUCAGAGGGGAGGCCGGAGCGGGUUUUCCACCUCUGCUGCAGCUCCCCGGAGAGCCGAAAGGAUUUUCUGAAGUCUGUACACUCCAUCCUGCGAGAUAAGCACAGAAGGCAGCUCCUCAAAACGGAAAGUCUUCCCUCAGCCCAGCAGUAUGUCCCUUUUGGAGGCAAGAGAUUGUGUGCGCUUAAAGGCGCCAGGCCAGCCAUGAGCAGGGCAGUGUCUGCCCCAAGCAAGUCUCUUGGGAGGAGGAGGCGGCGACUGGCCCGAAACAGGUUUACCAUUGAUUCAGACGCCAUCUCAGCCAGCAGCCCGGAGAAAGAGCCCCAGCAGCCCCCCGGUGGCGGGGACACUGACCGAUGGGUAGAGGAACAGUUUGAUCUUGCUCAGUAUGAGGAGCAGGAUGACAUCAAGGAGACAGACAUCCUCAGUGACGAUGAUGAAUUCUGUGAGUCUGCGAAGGGCGCCUCAGUGGACAUAGACCUGCAGGAGCAGCUUCAGGCUGCCUCUAUCAGUCAGCGCGCCCGAGGCCGGAAAACCCUUGAUAGCCACGCCUCCCGCAUGACACAGCUCAAGAAGCAAGCGGCCCUUUCGGGCAUCAACGGAGGCCUGGAGAGUGCGAGCGAGGAGGUCAUUUGGGUUAGGCGCGAAGACUUUGCCCCCUCCAGGAAACUGAACACAGAGAUAUGACUUUCUUGUCCCUUUAGAGAAUGUGUGUAGAUACGAUGCCGGCCCCACCCUCACUCUGCCCACCCUCCUGUGCCGUCCACGAGAAUGUCCUCUUAGGUCGCACUCUUGCACACAGAUUUUGGCAGCUGACUCGGGUCUGAAGCCAUGUGGCCACCCACCUUCAUCAUUCUUAAUGACAUCAGAGAGAAUCGUUCAGAAUCCCAACAAGCUUGAGUCCUAUCCUCUGUGCCCAGGGCUCUUUAUUCUCAAUUCAUCGGGGCCUGAAGAUUUAGAACAAAAAAUCGAUAGCACUGGAAAUUAAACCGUCCCCACCCCAGCAGUCAAAGCAAAGUAUCGGAGUGACAGGACAGCGUUCACAUAGGUGUCCCAGCUCCACCUCCCUGAGUCCAGUCUCGACAGCUGGGGAACCUUCAAACACACAUUAAAAAAAAAAAAAAAAUCCAGAACAGAUCGAAACAUCUGUACAGCUUGCAGUGUUCUGACUCCCUCUUCAGCAUCGAAGAAUAUCUGUGUAUCUUAAGAAUGCGUGAGGAAAGGGUGGUCGUCUCUGUUUGAUGAGCCUUUAUUCUUUUUUCUUCUGUUUAUGUCUGUAGCUGGUCUUACUCUGUGUCAGUGUUUGGAAGCUCUAGUUUUGCAGAGAAUUAUAAAGCCGCCACACUCUUGGGAAAGAGAUCCAAAUUUAUCAUUUAGAGGGAGAGAGAAGAAAAAAAAAACACUAUUUUUUUUGUAUUUUCCUUGAGAUGCAGGGGCACAAAUAGAUGAGAAUUUUACAGUGUUAGGAGUAACUCAGUCUGAAAAUGAGUAUAUAACCCUUUUGCAGAGCGAGCAGGGCACGAUGACUUUAUAUUUAUAUAUAAACAGCCAAGAAGAAGCUCAUGCUAAGAAUAAACUUUUCUUUUCUGAGAAACAGAUUUUUUUUAAAUGUAUGAAUCUAUAUUUGAGAUGGGAAUUUGGUUGGAUUACAGGGGCAGGGAAUGGGGCUCUGUGUGUGUGUGCGCAUAUGUGAGUGAGUGAGUGCAUGUGUGUGUGUGUGUGUGUGUGUGUGUGUGUGUGUGUGUGUUGUACAUGGCGGGGGAGGGGAGCCUCCUCAUGGGGUUGCCAUGGCGACCAUUGGUUUUCUCAUCCAGCUUGCAUCUUCAUCCACAGAUGACUCCCCCUUCCCUGACAGUCCAUGGCUGAAUCUUAGAACCUCUUCAGAAACGUCCUUUGUGGUCAAUAUUUCCUUCAUGCCAAUGAGACAGGGUAAACUUGCCUACGGGGCCUAACCUUCUAAAUGGAUGUCCAGACAGGAAGAACAAAACCCAUUAUAGCACUUUCAUCUUUUAAAAAAAUAAAAGGUUUAUAGCUUUUUGUUCCCCCUCCCCCUCCCCAUUUCAUGAUGUCCAUUCCUUAAGAAGGGUUUAAAUAAUAUGAAAACUUUCUUUUUGGAAAUAAAAAAAUAUAUAUCUAUAUAUCUAUAUAUAUCUAUUUGGUGUUUGAUACAUCGGUAGGUACUUUAAAGACCUGAAUUUUAUAGUAGCUUUAGCGAUUAUAUUUUAUAAGAAUCAGUUAUGACUUUAUAUUUCCAGAUAGAGAGUUCAGAACACGAUGCUCUAAGCCCCCCUCCUCUGCCCCUCCUCGGCUUGCUUUUCCUGCUCUCCCGACCUCUACCCCUCCCCCCUCCGGGUUCCCAGGGCUUUGAGCUUGAUCUUUUGAAAGUUUUAUUCUAUUGAAGUUUUUGCUAUAUCUUCUGGUUUUCUUAAGAAGCUUUAGAGUGGUUUCUAUGCCCUUUGUACCACUGCACUGUUCAUAUCAUCUCGGGGUCGAUUGUGACUGCGUCCGGAUGGGAAACCGAGGCAGAGGCGUCGAUAGUCACGUUUUCUGGUCUCCCUGCAACAUGUCCAUGGGGGGUGGGGGGAUCCUGGAAAGUCUGGUGCUUAGAGAGGGUGCCAUUGUCUCUUGUAUAUACGGUCAUGAUGUGUCUAUGUCAAAAGUUCUUAUAUAUUUCUUUUAUAAGCUGAAAGAAGGUCUAUUUUUAUGUUUUUAGGUCUAUGAAUGGAACGUUGUAAAUGCUUGUCCAACAAUAAAAAUACUGAAAAGGG